AGGGCGAAUAUUCUAUAUUCAACAAUAAACGCCUUCGUUUAGGGUAAAAGGAUUAUAUUUGUAAGCUCUGAAAUGUUUAAAAAAUCUUAAUUGCAGCAACAUAGUCCAUGAGGCGCAGGGUAGAGUCGACCCCAGAUCGAUCCCAGAUAAUCCAAUUAUCAAUAAUCUGAACUCCUUGCUGUCUGAUAUUUAUGUGAGGUACACAGCAAUACGGCUGGAUGACUUCGAGCUGCAUUAUGAAGUGUUCAAUAGCAUUUUUUAUAGUCUUCAUCAAAAGAUGAAAGAUGUUGAUAAAUAUUACAAUCGCUAUUCCAGUACGGUACAAUUUGCUGGUAGUCAUUACGACCGACUACGUAUUAAAAAACCAGAUGAGUUUGACAUGGACGUUGUGAUUGGUCUACCACUCAGCAUCAGACAUAAUCCAUUCAACAUCGACGAUAGUGACUUCAUAAUAGAGCCGAAAGACGCUGGCUACGUACAUCUGAAGAUGGGCAAACAAUUCAAAAAUUUGCCAAUGAGAGAUAGUCUCGAUUGGGACAUAAACAAAACAGCUUUUAAGUGGAAGGAUGAGAAUGACUAUUUGUUGCGUUCUAAGUUCACGGAUUGGUUCAAAGGAGUAGUAGUUAGAGCCUUAAACACCUUUGAUAGGAAUGUUUUUUCGCAGCCUAUUUAUGUAGUUAAUGGUGUUGUUUACACGAUCGAUAGAUCAGAGUCAGGGCCGGCUAUCACUAUUAAGAUAAAAAACAGAAAUUUCCAAAUGGACGUUGACCUAGUGCCAGCUUUGAAAUUUCCAGAGGACCGCUGGCCAGUAGGGCCCGAUUAUCGGAAUAUACCACACAACUGCAAAAAAGACUACUGGAUGGUUGUUCCUAAACCUAACAAGAACGGACAAUGUGAUGUCUCGAAAUCUCGAUCUUGGAGGAUUGCAAUGCAUUAUCAAGAGAGAGAACUGAUGUACAACACGAAUCAUUUGCGUCAAUCUAUUAGAUUGUUGAAAAAAUUACGCGACUCUCAAGGCAUGGAGAAGAUAGCCAGUUAUUACAUCAAGACAUUGGCAUUUUGGGAGAUCGAGCGGAUCAACGAUAUCUCGUAUUGGAACAAAAAUCCAGCUGAGCUAUUCAAAUUGAUGGUGAAGAUAUUCCAUAAAGCAAUGGUGGAUGGCAAUAUUCCAUAUUACUGGAAUAGACAUAAUAAUCUAAUAGAAGGAAUAAAUCGUCAAUUAUUAAUUUCGUACGCUGCUAGACUCAAAAAUCUAAUGGAUGUAUUAGAAGUGCCAUCACAAUAUAAAAAGGUUGCACGGUUUUUACUUACUCAGGCUGAGUUUGAGGAUUAUAAUAAGAGAUUCCUAAAGGAUUGAAAUGUUCACUUGUACAAUUUCUUCAAUAUUUUUAGUAUUUUAAUACGAUGCUUAUACGAUAAUAUGUACAAUUUUAAAUAACAAUGAUAUGUAAUCAAUUUAAAUUUAACAGAAUUUAUUCACAUUUUAAUUGUAAUUAAUAAAAAAAAAAACUAAUUACAUUUAUUGACAAUAAAUAUAAUAAUAAUUUUA